AACACAACUUCGUCCUUCUCAUCAACGAACAAGAACCAAAACAUGGCUUUCACUAAAAUCUCCUUAGUCCUUUUCCUAUGCAUCUUAGGUCCUUGUAGAGGUGAUGGAAACCCAAGAGACGGUGGCUCGGUCAGUACCAUUGUGACACAAGGUUUCUUUAACAAUAUCAUCAACCAAGCUGGUAAUGGUUGUGCAGGAAGAAGAUUCUACACUCGCAACUCUUUCAUCGACGCUGCUACUACUUUCCCCAACUUUGCUAAUUCCGUUACUAAACGUGAAAUUGCUACCAUGUUUGCUCAUGUCACUCACGAGACCGGACACUUGUGCUACAUAGAAGAAUCAAAGAAAAGGUCACGAGACAGGUGUGACGAGAACGUAGAGCAAAGACCAUGUCCAUUGCCGAGGAAAGGUAACUCCGGUCGUGGUCAGAGUCUCAGUCUCGACCUUCUACACCAGCCUGAGCUUGUGGGUAGCAACCUAUCUGUAGCUUUAAGGAAGGGCUUGUCGUUUUGGAUUAAGAGCGUAAGGCCUGUACUGAACCAAGGAUUUGGAGCCACUAUAAAAGCCAUCAACGGAAUUGAAUGUAACGGUGGGGAUUCAGGUGCGGUCCAGGCAAGGAUUGGUUACUAUAGAGACUAUUGUAGACAGCUUGGUGUGGAUCCUGGUCCUAACCUUAGUUGCUAAAACUUUCUUCAAGGCAAUAUCGCAUACACGUAAAGUGGCACGUGUAGUUCUGUUUUUGCAUCAAGUUGAUUUUCUCUUGGUUAAGGUUAAA